AUGUCUGGAGACUCACCAACUCGUCUUGGUGGCUUCCAAACUUCGCCACUUAGAAACUUCGAUCAACCUGUCUCGUCGUCACCAACCCACGGCGAAUCAUUGCAGUCCUUGCGUUCCGGUGGCAACAUUUCAUCUCCAACAAACAGUGCCUUUACUGGUGCUCCUAUUACCUUUGGAACACCACCUUCGCCAAACAGACCUGUCUUGCCUCUUUACGCAAACAACUCAAGCCCAACCCACACCAACAACAACACUAACAACAUGAGCCCACAAGCUGCAGCUGUCAGCGCAAACUUUAGCAACUUGGACUCGGAUCCCGCAGGCAUUGUGUCUGGUGUGCGUGACCUAAACAUGGGCUCCCCUACAAGAGGCACGGCACCCAAUUCGCCGACCCGCUCGAGUCCUUUGAGAGAGUCCGUGCCAGUAGGGAAUAAUAACAAUAAUAAUAAUAAUAAUAAUAAUAAUAAUAAUAAUAAUAAUAAUAAUAAUAACAACAACAACCCGUUUAUUGGCCAAGUAGGGGGUGAAACUAGCUACCUAUAUGCUGGGACUCCUCCUCAGCAACCGCAGCAACAGCAGGUAUUGGCUGUUAACAAUAAUCCAAUCAAGGAAAUGUCAAUGGAAGACUACGAGAAGCUUAACGACCCAAAGGUCAAGCGACUGGUCGACGUUGCCCAACUUUACUUCUUUGAUUACUACUUUGAUCUGCUUACUUACGUUCAUGCCCGCCAACAACGCUUGCUCCGCGCAAAAGCGUCCCUGGCUCAGAUCCCGGAUCCUGCUGAACGUAACCGCCAGUUGGCAUCGUACCUUGGACGCGAGCGUGUGCAGUUGCGCAAGCGCCGUGUCAAGCUCAAAUAUGGUGACUUUAAGAUCCUCACGCAAGUAGGCCAGGGUGGUUACGGCCAGGUGUAUCUUGCACGAAAAAGUGAUACCAAGGAGAUUUGUGCUCUCAAGGUUCUCAACAAAAAACUUCUCCAAAAACUCGACGAGGUUCGCCAUAUUUUAACUGAACGCGAUAUUCUCACAGCUGCUAAAUCUCCCUGGCUUGUCAAGCUCUUGUACGCUUUCCAAGAUUCCAUGAAUGUUUACCUUGCCAUGGAGUUUGUUCCAGGCGGUGAUUACCGUACCUUGCUCAAUAACACUGGUAUUCUUAACCCUCGUCAUACCCGCUUUUACAUUUCAGAAAUGUUUUGUGCUCUUGAUGCUCUCCACAAGCUCGGCUAUAUUCACCGUGAUUUGAAGCCCGAAAACUUUCUAAUCGAUAGCACUGGCCACAUCAAGCUAACAGACUUUGGUCUGGCUUCUGGUGCCAUCUCCAAGGAACGUGUUGAAAGUAUGCGUAUCAAGCUUGAUGCUCUUAAGGAUAUGGAAAUUCCUUACCGCUCGGUAAGUGAGCGCCAACGUAUGUACCGCUCUCUGCGAGCAAGCGACAUUACUUAUGCUCACUCGGUUGUCGGAUCGCCUGAUUACAUGGCACUCGAGGUGCUACAGGGUCGCAAAUAUGAUUACACCAUUGACUACUGGUCACUCGGGUGCAUGCUCUUUGAGACUCUGGCCGGAUACCCGCCUUUUGCCGGAAGUACUCCAGACGAGACGUACGCUAAUCUGCAACAGUGGAAACGCUCUCUGCACCGACCGCAGUACGAAGAUGGCCGGUUUGUGUUUAGCGACCGCACUUGGGACUUGAUUCAACGGCUCAUCACGUCGCCACGCUACCGAUUCCAGUCAUUUGACGAAAUCAAGGUGCACCCGUAUUUUGCAGAGGUUCACUGGGAAACUCUUCGCCAGUCGACCCCGCCGUUUAUUCCGCAGCUCGAUGAUGAGACGGAUGCAGGGUACUUUGACGAUUUCAGCAAUGAAACGGAUAUGGCAAAAUACAAGGAAGUUCUUGAAAAACGAUCUCAGGUUGAGUCGCUUUCUGAUCGCGGUGUGCCUUUGCCUUCUCGUGCUUUUAUUGGGUUUACUUUCAAGCACCAGAAACUUCACGGGGCUGGAUCUACUACCGGUACUGGAGGGUUUGACGAUGGGUUUCGGCAACAACCUCAACAGCAACGCAGUUUCCGGUCUCGCCGAAACGUGGAUUCACCCUUUGACACUAUUUUUUAA